AUGCCCCUCACCACCCUCGACCCUCUCCCUUCCGAAGUCCGCCAACUCAUCUUCCAGCACCUCCAGUCGACCACCGACAAACCCACCCUCGCUACCCUCUCAUGCGUCUCUCGCGCAAUAUACGCCGAGUCAAUCCCUCGCCUAUACGAGACGGUCCGCCUCAAUGCUUCCAAUGCGGAGGCCUUUUUCGGACGUCUCAUAUCCGAUGGCAUCGGUGGGAUUGACAAAGAGAUCGCCGCCCAUAAACCGUAUCUCAAGCACUACGUCUCCCAACUAGAGAGCCUCUCAUCCUCCCGUUUCAUUUUCAUACCGUCUCCUAUCGCGCGGAAGCUCUGUCAGCUCUGGUGGACUGAUCGUGUACUUCUUGAGGACGGUCCCGCCGCAUCCUUUCUGCAUGAGGCUAUAGUCUCUUGUGAGCAUCUUCACAGGCAGCUCGUCGCAAAUCAGGACGAGUUCGAUUACGUUGCAAGUCGUAUCUCCUCUUACUUGUUUGGUGAUCAAUUGACUGGGUCGCUCAUCCUGGGCGAGUCUCUCGCUAGAUGUCUCAUUCUCUACCCACAAGUCUGGUCGGGUGUCUCUCAAAUGCUCAAGUCAUAUGACAUGGCCAUGUUCACGUCCUUUUGCGUUCAUCUACCUCCUGACUGUGGGGGUACCUCUGCAGCGCUAUUCUGCAAAGACAUAUUGCCAACGGCGAACCAAUUGUAUAUGAUCAAAGAGAUAUGCUUCCACAGCGCAAAUCCUCUGGACCUCAUGUUUGAAGUCAUUGGCGAAGACCUGCACGUCUUCCUGAAGCCCGAGUCUUCGCAGGAUAUGAUCUCGCACGAAAUUGGUAUCGGUGCACUCAUGUUUCAUUAUCUCGAUAUGGCAAUCAAUUCACUAGAGAAGUGA